AUGGUCAAUGUCGCGGCAGACCGUUUCUUCGCGGAUCGCUCGGCGCCACUAUGCAGCCUGGACGUCGCGAAGUCCUUUGCGCAACUAACGCCAAAGGAGAAGAAGUACGCCCACUACGUUGGCCAAGCCUCCUGGGCAGGCGCGCGCAUCAUACAAGGGCAAUGGACGCCGCAAGCACAGAAGCUCUAUGACUUGCUCAUCUUGACCUUCAGCGACAAGGGGAAGCUUACAGACCUCCCUGGCUUGCAGCAGAAGUCUGCUCUGACGUCAGAGGAAUGGGAAGACCUCAUGCAGUACACCACUCAGGUUCUCAGCAAUCUCGUGAACUACAAAUCAUUUGGGUUCUCGAAGAUUGUUCCUCGUGUCCCGGAAGCCAAGUUCGCUGCUGUUAUUCAGAAAUCCGCGAAUGCGUCGGAGGCGCUGCCUCUAUGGAACGAGCUGAAGGACCACAUUUAUCAGCUGCUCCCCGAGUCGAGUAACUUCAUUGGGAAGCGCCGUGAGGGUCAUGUCUCCAACUACUACCCUGGCGAGCCCAUCCUGGACGAUGAAGUGGCUGCUAUACAAGCCACUGCAGAGAAGCUUGGCAUCGACGUGCUCAACACUCGCGUCAGGAAGGAUGGUCCUGACAGCUUCGCUCUCCUGGUCGCGUCCGCCAACCCUAAGCCUGCAUCUUUGCACGAAAUCGAGAUCAAGGCCAAGGGCGUACAGCUCACUAUCGAGUACGGUGACUUUGCAGGGCCGCUGCAAAAAGCAGCAGCCGCACUGAAGGAGGCUAAGAAAUCCGUCGCAAAUGACCAUCAAGCAGCCAUGCUCGACGGAUACAUCGAAUCCUUCGAGACCGGCUCCAUUGAAGCUCACAAGAAGGGUUCGACGGAAUGGGUGAAGGACGUCGGACCUGUCGUAGAGAGCUACAUUGGCUUCAUCGAGACUUACGUUGACCCAUACGGCGGUCGCGCUGAAUGGGAAGGGUUCACCGCUAUCGUCAAUAAGGCGAUGAGCGCGAAAUACGACACCCUCGUCGCCAAGGCGCCCGAACUUCUCGAAGUGCUUCCUUGGGGAAAGGACUUCGAGGUCGACAAGUUCCGGAAGCCCGAUUUCACGGCGUUGGAGAUUCUGACAUUCGCAACGGGCGGAAUCCCGGCUGGUAUCAACAUCCCAAACUACUACGAGAUUCGGGAAUCCGUUGGAUUCAAGAACGUAUCUCUGGCAAAUAUCCUUGCCGCCAAAGCCCCUAACGAGGAACUCACAUUCAUCCAUCCGGAUGAUGUAGAUCUUUACAACGCAUGGGACUCCCGCGCUUUUGAGCUGCAGGUUGCUAACCAUGAAUUGCUCGGCCACGGGAGCGGCAAAUUGUUCCAGGAGAAUGCGGACGGGACCAAGAACUUCGACCCUGCGAAGAUCACUAACCCGCUUACGGGCAAGCCGAUCACGUCCUGGUACAAGCCCGGUCAAACACCAGGUUCCGUCCUUGGCGAGGUGUCCUCUUCCAUGGAAGAAUGCAGAGCUGAGACAGUGGCACUUUACCUCGUUAGCGAACCUGCAAUCCUCAAGAUCUUCAAUUACACGGACAAGAAGGACGUGGAGGACGUCCAAUACGUCACCUUCCUGCUCAUGGCCCGCGCGGGUCUUCGUGCUCUCGAGUAUUAUGACCCAGCCACGAAGAAGCACGGGCAGGCACACAUGCAAGCGCGGCUCGGCAUCACGCAACACCUGAUCAAGUCAGGCAUCGCACGGCUCGAGGAGGUCCGCGGCGCCGACGGCACGCUAGAGAAUCUCUACAUCCGGGUGGAUAAGGAGAAGGUGCUCACCCACGGCCGUGAGGUCGCGGGCAAGCUUCUCAUCGAGCUCCAGGUGCGCAAGAGCACUGCGGACGGCCCGGGUGCGCGUGCGUACUACACGGAGCUGACGACUCCCCUGCCCGGCUGGGAGGGCGAGAUUCGAGACUUGGUGCUCAAGAAGAAGCUGCCCCGCAAGAUCUUCGUGCAGCCUAACACCUUCGUUGAGAAUGGCGAGGUCGUGUUGAAGGAAUAUCCCUUGACGCACGCCGGAGUCAUCGAAAGCUUCAUCGAACGCCAACUCUGA